AGGUCGUGCGCCGAUGGCUUCAACGUCUGCCUGCUUGCCUACGGCCAGACCGGCAGCGGCAAGACGCACAGCAUGAUGGGGCCAGCAGAGGCGCCCGGGCUGUCGGUACGGGCGGUACAGGCGCUUUUUUGGAUCACGGCCGCCGACACCGCCGAUGGACAGCACCGCACGCUCAGCGUCAGCAUGCUGGAGGUGUACAACGAGGCGCUGAGGGACCUGCUGGCGACGGGGCAGGAGGCCGCAAAGCCUCUGGAGGUGUGUGUGUGUCGGGUGCCCGGGCUGACGUGGCGCCCCGUCAGCAGCGUGGACCACGUGCUGCACGUGCUGGCAGAGGGCAGCAAGAACCGCGCCACCGCCGCCACCUCCCUCAACGCCCACUCCUCCCGCUCCCACGCCCUGCUCUCCGUGCGGCUGACGGGCGCCGACGGCCGCUCCUCAGUGCUCCACCUCGUCGACCUGGCAGGCUCCGAGCGCAUCUCCAAGAGCGAGGUGGCUGGGCAGCAGCUCAAGGAGGCGCAGGCGAUCAACAAGUCGCUGUCGGCGCUGGGUGACGUCAUCCAGAGCCUGCAGUCCAAGAGCGGGCACGUGCCGUACCGCAACAGCAAGCUGACGCAGGUACUGCAGGACAGCCUGUGCGGGUCCAGCAAGGUGCUGCUGGUGUGCUGCGUGAGCCCAGAGGCGGACAGCGCCCAGGAAUCCAUCUCCUCCCUCAACUUCGCCUCACGGGCCGCGCAGGUGAGGCCCUGCCUGUGUUAG